AUGAGACUGACACCCGUUCUCGCCUUGGCAACAGCUUUCGGCGGCGCCAUCGCCAGCGCUGUCAGCCAGGCCAAGGGACUGCUCGCAGAGCCCAAGCAGCUCGAGGAGCGCACCGAGGACAAGAAUCCGUAUGGAUACGGGAAUCCUCCCCCUGUGCAACACACGCCAAGCACCACGACGCAGCAGGUCCAGCCUACAUACGGCGCCCCUGCAUAUCUCACACCGUCCCUCGAGACUCACUUCAGCAAGCCGACUCUCACCUUUCAGGCUCCGGUCUAUUCCAUCCUCACUACGCUGCAAACCUCGGCCAAGCCCGUCACUAGCAAGUCCUCGACGACGCAGGCCGCCACGACUGAUGCCGCACACGACACGGCCCCAGGCUACGGGGCGCCCCCGGCCGUGACGAAGUCUUCCACGACUCAGCCUGCCCCGACGUACGGGUCCUACUCCGUACUGUAG